UCCAGCCAUUGAUAUAGCACGGUACCACAAAUAUUCCUUGUUUGUGAUUAAUGGCGAAAGUGAAACUUCACUCAUGUCAUGAUUCAUGAAUGAGUUUUUUCCCCAAAUCACACAAAUAACUGCUGGGAUUUUGAUUUUUCCACUCCUUUUUUUUUUUGUUGGUUUUAUUGUUUCCUUUCUCGUCCUUUUUAAAACAUUCUCUUCUCUCUCUCUCAUGCUCCAUGCGAUUUCGUCUCCCACACUUCCUUCUUCUUCCUCUCCAUCCCACCUCCGUCAAUCCCGAGGCCUCCCCGUUUCCUUCCCUUGUCAAACCCCGUCGUCCUUAAUUCUCCGCGCAUUGCCCUUUCCGUUCGGUUCCCGGGGAAAAAUCUGAGCCAGAACGGGAGACGGAGGGGCUUUUCUAUUUCGGCGGCGACUCAGGGGAGAGCUGAAAAGCUACUGCUUGUUGCUACUUCCAAAUUCACCGGAAAAAGAUACUCUGCUGCGGUAUCUUUCAAAGACAUUCGCACUCGUAGUCUCAUGAAGAACGAUCUGUUGUGACUGAGGAAUUUCGUCGAGCAUCGAGAAAGCUUUAAGUGGACGAGAGAGAAGGAGAGGGAGGAUGUCUUCGCCAAGCAAAGCUGAUAAGAAGGCAUCUCUCGAUGCAGCUUCAUGGAUGUUCAAUGUCGUCACUUCUGUUGGAAUUAUCCUCGUCAACAAAGCUCUCAUGGCUACCUAUGGCUUUAGCUUUGCAACAACGCUAACCGGUCUCCAUUUUGCCACAACGACCUUGUUAACGCUUGUCCUAAGAUGGCUAGGAUACAUCCAGCCGUCUCAUUUACCAUUGGGAGACCUAUUGAAGUUUGUUUUCUUUGCAAACUUCUCCAUCGUUGGUAUGAACGUGAGUCUAAUGUGGAACUCAGUUGGAUUUUAUCAGAUUGCAAAGCUAAGCAUGAUCCCUGUUUCAUGUUUUCUGGAAGUCGUCUUGGAUAAAGUACGAUAUUCAAGAGACACCAAACUAAGCAUCUUAGUAGUCCUUCUCGGAGUUGCUGUCUGUACUGUUACAGAUGUGAGCGUUAAUGCCAAAGGAUUCAUAGCUGCCUUAAUAGCAGUUUGGAGCACUUCGCUGCAGCAAUAUUAUGUACACUAUCUACAACGGAGGUACAAUCUAGGUUCUUUCAACUUGUUGGGGCAUACUGCUCCAGCACAAGCUUCAUCUCUGCUGCUAGUGGGUCCCUUUGUGGACUACUUUUUGACGAGUAAAAGAGUGGACGCCUAUCCCUUCAGUUUCACAUCUGUGGCGUUCAUAGUUCUGUCGUGCACCAUCGCCGUGGGUACGAACCUGAGCCAGUUCAUCUGCAUCGGUAGGUUCACCGCCGUGUCGUUCCAAGUGCUGGGACACAUGAAGACCAUCCUCGUCCUGAUUCUGGGAUUCAUCUUCUUCGGAAAGGACGGUCUGAACCUGCACGUCGUCUUCGGGAUGAUCAUCGCCGUGGCUGGGAUGGUCUGGUACGGCAACGCCUCAGCUAGGCCCGGAGGGAAAGAGCGCCGCAGCGUUUCCAUGAACGGCGGCAGCAAAGCCCAGAAGCAGGAAGACUCGGCGGAUGCCACCGAGGAAGCUGAAGAAAAGGUAUGAGCAGAAACAAAGUAGUUCUCCAAAUCUGUUCUCUCUGUUCAAAAUGAAAGUAUUUUGGAGGAAUCAACCACUACUUGGUUGUCGUGGAGGUUUAGAAGAGGGAAACGGAUAUUUUUACUACCACAGGUCACUUUGAGUGAUCGAUUCUUUUUGUUGCUAUAGUAAUUUAUUUCUCUACUGAGGAGGGGAGAAAGGCUGUAAUUUGUUCCUCUACCAGGAAAUUACACACUAUUUUAUGAUUGGGGCAUGUAAUCUUUUUGUCUCUCGGUCCUUACUUUUUAUACACAAGCUAAUCAAAUUCUUCAGUAGCAUUCUUUUCUUCUCUGUUUUCAACUUAUUAUUGUUUGAUUCGGAUCUCUACUGCAUGCUGUGUUCUGUUCUUGAUUAUGGUACUCGAGUCAACCGGUAUAGCAUUGGUAUUGAGUUGGUGGUAGCGGUGUGCAAUGGUUUGGUUUGUACGGGACUGUAACUGAGC